UUUGCAAUAUACUACACUACUACGAGAAUAUAAUAACAAUAGUAAUUAAUUAACAACCUUAAAUUAUGACGCUUCCCUUUGGACCUUAAAAUCGAAGGUUAAAGAUUUUGUUUUUCUCUUCACACUGACACGGUUCUCUCUCCUGUUGUCUCCUACAAUAUCAGAUCAUCCUCCAGUUAAUGGCUACCACCUCGUCCACAAGUUGCACCGGAGUUUUCAAUUUCCGAUCAAACUCCGACGACGUCAGGGUCCGAAAUUCAUCGAGCCAUGGGUGUGGUCGAAAGCUGGAUGGGGUGGCUAUGUGGUUCAUAAACGGAUUAGCAAGUGCGUUCUUUGGAUCAUUAGAGAGAUGUUCAUGCAUACGUAUAGCAACAGAAGAUGAUGACGGAGAUGAAGCUAACGACGCUCCUUUAAUUCUCAACGAUGGUAAUAUUAACAGGCAUAUCAACCAAUUUAAUGGUGUCCGGAGAAGGACAGUAGCAGAGAAGUGCAAGAACCAAAGUGCAGCGUCUCAUGAGUAUUAAUUGGUCGUUCUGCAAGGAAAACAUCCAAUUAAGAAAAUAAAUAUGCAUUUUGGUAAGUAAAUUAAUUAUGGGGUUUUGUGUAGAGAAGUUUGCCUUUUUUUUUGGUUAAUUUUGAAGUGGGUGAGAAAAAAAUGGUAAUUAAAUUGAAGAAAAAGAAUGUUGUAUGUUUGAUCCACCAUCAAGUGAAACUAAAUUAAAUAUAUAGGCGAAUUAAGUUUUUUUAA